CUCGGCUGCCGCAAGGGCUCGUUCCUGUGUCAUCUCCUAGCGGCCUGGCGCCGAGGCGGCUGUACCCAAGGCUGGAGCAGCAGCGGGAGCCCCCGCCCAAUCCAAAAGUACCUUUCAUGGCUGGGUACGGUGGCUCACGCCUGUAAUCCCAGCACUUUGGGAGGCCGAGGCAGGCAGAUCACGAGGUCAAGAGAUUGAGACCAUCCUGGCCAACAUUGCGAAACCCCGUCUCUACCAAAAAUACAAAAAUUACCUGGGCAUGGUGGCACAAGCCUGUAGUACCAGCUGCCUGGGAGGCUGAGACAGGAAAAUUGCUUGAACCCAUCAAGCAGAGGUUGCAUUGAGCCGAGAUCACGCCACUGCACUCCAGCCUGGGUGACAGAGCGAGACUCCAUCUUAAAAAAAAAAAAAAAAAAUUUCCUUUCAUGAAUCCUUUCUGUAGUUUUAUGUUCUCUAUUACUUGUACUUAAACAUUAUAUUGAAAUUAUGUUUAUAUUUCUGGCUCCCCUGUUUGUUAUAAGCAAGCUCUCUUUAAGGGUCUAUGUGUUCAAAUAAAGAGGAUGUUUUCAUAUGUCACUGAUGGUGAUAUAACUGUUAUACCCUUAAAAGCUUAAAAAUGUUUUUAUCCUUCAGCCCGACAAUUUUUUCCUAGGAGUUUAUCCUGAAGAAAUAAGCAGAGAUGUAACUAAACAUUUGUUAUCAAGGACAGCCGUUGUGACUUUAUUAAUAAUAGCAGAAAGUUAGAAUUAAUCUAUGGUAAUUAAACUAUGGUAAGGACAUAGUUCACAAUAAUAGCAGUGAUUGUUUUCUGGUUUUGCGUGUUUUCUGGUUUUAUAAAUUUUUGGUUUUAUAAUUAGAAAAACGUUAUUUCUAAAGAACAGAUGAUUUCUAGAGAGCAAGUCUAAGUUCUGUAUAAUAAAACCCUAUUCAUAUUUAUCCGUCGGGACUAGGUGUGUAAGGAAAAGAAGAAAAGGCAAAUUUAUCCAAAUAUUUUGAUUAACAGAAAGAACAAUUUUCAGAGAAUUAAAGGCAUGUAGAGCAAAACUACACAGAACUUAAUUCAUCCUUUGUUUGUUAAUUGAGGAGGUGGUUAGGAUUUUCUCUCAUAUGUAUCAUGAUUAAUGAUCACUUGUUAACUCUGGAGAACAUAGGAAAGAGUGCUAGUUACAGAAGGGUAAUAAGUAACAUUUAAACCCAUAUACCAGGCACUGUUCAAAAACUUGAAAUGUAUUAUACAUCAAAUUCUCAUGACAACCCCAUAAGGUAGGAACUGUUACUAUCCCUAUUUUACAGGUUAAGAAACUAAGGCUCAGAAGUGAGGUAAUUGUUCCAGGUUACACAGGAGUAGUCAGGAUGCUCAUUGUUAGAGUGGUAAAGAGUCUAUUGUAAUUAGCUGAAGGGAUCCUGUGAACAAAGACCAAAGGAAGUUCAUGUGUUUGGUUUCAGCAGUCUCAUGGGUAACGUUAGUGUUUUGUGUCCCAGAGCCUUAGGCAGGGGGUUUCUGUCAGAGGAAGCACUCUAGAACCUGGAACCUUGCACUCACAAAGGUUCUCUUUAUUACUGGGAGCUGACUGGGGCCUGGAAAGCUCAGUUGUUUCUCUGGGCUAACUUUAACAAUGAUUUCUUGAGGUCUUGUAGAUGAUACUCUCCAAGCUGUAAGGAAGAAGUCAAGGAUUAAGGAGACCUGGACUGGUGAGGAGCCUUUUUCAAAAAACAACAAUGACAAGAGAAAAUUGGGCCCACAAUGCUCUGAGACAAGAGGGCCUUGUGAAGGGGAAGGAUGAUACCUGGAAGUGGGGAACCAGCUUCCAAGGAAGUAGCUCCUCUGUUUGGGAGACCUCCCACCUACACUUUAGACAAUUACGUUACCAUGAGACAUCUGGACCCCAGGAAGCCCUGAGCCGGCUCAGGGAACUCUGUCGCCGGUGGCUGAGACCAGAAGCACGCACCAAGGCACAGAUCCUGGAGCUGCUGGUGCUGGAGCAGUUUCUGAGCAUCCUGCCUGGGGAGAUUCGGACCUGGGUACAGCUCCAUCGCCCUGGAAGUGGCGAGGAGGCUGUGGCCCUGGUGGAGGAGCUGCAGAAAGACCUUGAUGGACCAGCAAUACAAGUUCCAGUCUUUGUCCAGGAUCAGGACACUCUCCAGAAGGCAGUGAGUGCCCCAGGAACAACACUUCCUCCUGUACUUCCUGGCAGCCACAUAGCAGCUGAAAUUUGCCUGCAUCCUCCUACUGACCUAGUGGCAUUCAACCUCCAGGAUCCUCAGCAUGAUUCUCCUGCUCCUGAAGCUUCUGCCCUUUCCCAGGAAGAGAACCCAAGAAAUCAAUUAAUGGCACUUAUGCUCCUAACAGCCCAGCCCCAGGAGUUGGUAAUGUUCGAGGAGGUGUCAGUAUGCUUCACUUCAGAGGAAUGGGCAUGUUUGGGCCCAAUCCAGAGGGCCUUGUACUGGGAUGUGAUGCUGGAGAAUUAUGGAAAUGUGACCUCCCUAGAAUGGGAGACCAUGACCGAGAAUGAGGAGGUGACAUCAAAGCCAAGUAGUUCUCAAAGAGCAGACUCUCAUAAAGGAACAUCAAAAAGACUUCAAGGAAGUGUUCCCCGGGUCCUUGAUUUUGAAGAAGAGUGUGAAUGGCAAGUUUUGGCAAGUCAGUGGGGAAAUGAAACAGAUGAAAGGGCAGAUACAGUGAAGAAAGGUUCCCUUUGUGAACGAGACAAGAAGAAAAGGACUCCACCAGAGAAACAAGGCCAAAAGUGGAAGGAAUUAGGAGACAACUUGACUUUCAGUUCAGCUGUUUCUGAAAGUUUAAUAGGUACUGAAGGAAAGAAGUUUUAUAAAUGUGAUAUAUGUUGUAAACAUUUUAAUAAAAUCUCCCAUCUUAUAAACCAUCGGAGAAUCCACACUGGUGAGAAACCUCAUAAAUGUAAGGAAUGUGGAAAAGGCUUUAUUCAGCGUUCGAGCCUUCUAAUGCAUUUACGGAACCAUUCAGGGGAGAAACCUUAUAAAUGUAAUGAAUGUGGGAAAGCAUUUUCUCAAAGUGCUUACCUUCUAAACCAUCAGAGGAUCCACACUGGGGAGAAACCUUAUAAGUGUAAGGAGUGUGGAAAGGGCUUCUAUAGGCACUCAGGCCUAAUUAUACAUCUAAGGCGCCAUUCAGGGGAGAGACCUUAUAAGUGUAAUGAAUGUGGGAAAGUUUUCUCUCAGAAUGCUUACCUCAUUGACCAUCAGAGGCUCCACAAAGGGGAAGAACCUUAUAAAUGUAAUAAGUGUCAGAAAGCUUUCAUUCUGAAGAAGAGCCUCAUUCUGCACCAGAGAAUCCACUCUGGGGAAAAACCCUAUAAAUGUGAUGAAUGUGGAAAGACCUUUGCUCAGACCACUUAUCUUAUUGACCAUCAGCGACUCCACAGUGCAGAGAACCCUUACAAGUGUAAAGAAUGUGGAAAAGUUUUCAUUCGAAGCAAAAGCCUCCUCUUACAUCAGAGAGUCCACACAGAAAAGAAAACCUUUGGUUGUAAAAAGUGUGGGAAGAUUUUCAGUUCUAAGUCAAACUUCAUUGACCAUAAGAGGAUGCACAGCAGAGAGAAACCUUAUAAAUGCACUGAAUGUGGGAAAGCCUUUACUCAAAGUGCUUACCUUUUUGAUCACCAGAGACUCCACAAUGGGGAGAAGCCCUAUGAAUGUAAUGAAUGUGGGAAAGUUUUUAUUCUGAAGAAGAGCCUCAUUUUACAUCAAAGGUUCCACACUGGAGAGAAUCUCUAUGAAUGUAAAGAUUGUGGUAAGGUCUUCGGUUCAAACAGAAACCUCAUUGACCAUGAGAGACUCCACAAUGGGGAGAAGCCAUAUGAAUGUCGAGAGUGUGGGAAAACCUUUAUUAUGAGCAAAAGUUUUAUGGUCCAUCAGAAACUCCAUACACAAGAGAAAGCCUACAAAUGUGAGGAUUGUGGGAAGGCUUUCAGUUACAAUUCAAGCCUGCUUGUACAUCGGAGAAUCCACACCGGAGAAAAACCUUUUGAAUGUAGUGAGUGUGGAAAAGCUUUCAGUUCAAACAGAAACCUCAUUGAGCAUAAGAGAAUCCACAGUGGUGAGAAACCCUAUGAGUGUGAUGAGUGUGGCAAAUGCUUCAUUCUGAAGAAAAGCCUCAUUGGACAUCAGAGAAUUCACACGAGGGAAAAAUCUUAUAAAUGCAAUGACUGUGGGAAAGUCUUCAGUUACCGCUCAAACCUUAUAGCCCAUCAGAGGAUCCACACUGGCGAGAAGCCCUAUGCAUGUAAUGAGUGUGGAAAAGGUUUUACCUACAACAGAAACCUGAUCGAACAUCAAAGAAUUCACAGUGGAGAAAAAACCUACGAAUGUCAUAUAUGUAGGAAAGUCCUUACCUCUAGUAGAAAUCUUAUGGUACAUCAAAGAAUCCAUACUGGAGAGAAACCUUAUAAAUGUAAUGAGUGUGGAAAAGACUUUAGUCAGAAUAAAAACCUUGUUGUACAUCAGAGAAUGCACACUGGGGAAAAACCUUAUGAGUGUGAGAAGUGUAGGAAAUCCUUUACUUCUAAGAGGAAUUUAGUUGGCCACCAGAGAAUUCACACAGGGGAGAAACCCUAUGGGUGUAAUGAUUGUAGUAAAGUUUUUAGGCAAAGAAAAAACCUUACUGUACAUCAGAAAAUCCACACAGAUGAAAAACCUUGUGAAUGUCAUGUGUCUGAAAAAGAAUUCUCUCAGACUUCCAACCUUCAUCUUCAACAGAAAAUCCAUACCAUUGGGGAAUUCUCUUGGCUACAAAACACCAAUGAGUCCAAGAUUGAGAUUCAGAAAAUCUAGUGUCAUAUGUAAAAUGGAAUAGAAUCCCUGCCUACUUAAGUAACUGUUGGACAAAUGAUACAUAUUUCUUCUAAGGAAAAAGUUUAUUAUUUACUCUUUACUAGACAAAUGAGUAGCAUAUAGAAGAAAGUUAAUAGGCCGGGCUUGGUGGCUCAUGCCUGUAAUCCCAGCACUUUGAGAGGCUGAAGCAAGUGGAUCACCUGAGGUCAGGAUUUCGAGACCAGCCUGACCAAUGUGGUGAAACCCUGUCUCUACUAAAAUACAAAAAUUAUCCGGGCAUGGGGGCACACACCUGUAAUCCCAGCUACUCAGGAGGCUGAGACAGGAGAGUCGCUUGAACCCGGCAGGGUGGAGGUUGCAGUGAACCAGGAUCGCGCCAAUGCACUCCAGCCUGGGCAACAAGAGUGAAACUCUGUCUGAAAAAAUAAAGUUCAUCUCAACUUUCAAGUCUACAAAAACAUAAUCCAAAUCUAAUAACAUAGUUGUAAAUGAGAGCAACAAUAUCUUUGUAUUAAAAAGUAGACAUGGGCUGGGUGCAGUGGCUCACUCCUGUAGUCCCAGGACUUUGGGAAGCCGAGGUGGGAAGAUCACUUGAGCCCAGGAGUUCGAGACAAGCCUGGGUAACACAGGGAGACCCAUCUUUAGUAAAUAAAAAUAAAUUUAUUAAUAAAAUUAAAAAUUUAAUAAUAAAAAGUGGACAUUGUUUUUUAAAAUGUGUAUAGAUAGUAUGCAUUUUAAAGAUAGUGUCACUGCUAUAGAAAACCUGAACAGACAGUAUGAUCCAGAAUGUCAGGUGUGGAGUUGGGUGGACAAGAGUCUGCUGAUGAGGACAACCUAAGAAGAGCACUGGAUCUGGAAAUCAGAAGACCUACCUUUGAUUCCUGGCUUUCCCUUAAUGGCCAUGCGAUGUUAUUAAGUCAGCCUCUAAAGCCUCAGUUUCCUGUCAGUCAAGUGUUGACAUGAUACCUACCUCACAGGGUUGUCGUGAGGGUUAAGUGAAAGGAUCUUUGUGAAAGUACGUUUUGAAGUCAUUCAGUUGUGAAUAAAUUUGGAUAAAAGAGGUUAUGGUAAAAGUUUAGAACAUGGGAUCAUGUAAGUUUGUGUACUAAGUCAAUAUUAGAAUGGGGGAUUCCAUGAACCUAAAAGAUACUCAUUUUUAUAAGAGGAAGUAUGGUGAAUAGCAAACUGGAAUUUAGUGCUGUAAGAAUAAUUUUUUAAAUUUACCUUUAAAAAUAUCUAAGGGAGUUAAUAGAUUAUAUAUCUAGUUUAUGUGUAUGAAAAAAAAUGUUAUGGCCAGCCAUUAACAGUGAUGCCAAGGAAAACAAUUUAUUUUCCAGCUUUUGAAUUUGAAACUUAACAGACGGAGAGUGUCAAAAUGGAAGAGCAGUGGUACCCUGCUUUCCCUAUUCAGAGGGGAAAAAAUCCUUGACCCAGCAGUUGAGCUGAUGAUCCCUGCCACAGUCAUUGUGAAUUCUAAUCAGUAUUUCAUCAUUGCUGCCAAAUGAUAGCCUGUUACUCAUGAAACAACGUUCUGUCCCAGCAUUAAAUUUACUGGGACGUAAAUUUUUCACAUGGAGCCAAGCUCUUCACUGAUUAAGCCAAUGGAGAAUCCACUUUUGGGCAGUCAGUGCCCAUUACCCCUUGUGAACCAUUCUGUGCCCUUGAGUACAUUUGUGGGUUUAACUCAGUCUAUAUUCUUGAGUUGGUAAUUUUUAUUUGUAAUUCUCAAAGUUCUGUUUAUGUAGCUGGACUAUGAAUAAUACUUGAAUGUGAAGAUUGCGUUUUUUAAUAAUGUUAAAGUGGUGUUUUGAUUAUCAUAAAUGUUAUUAAUUCAACCCCACGGUUUAUUGGGGGCUGGUUCCUCAUUAGAGUGAAAGGUAGCCAAGAGUGCAAACUGGAAGGGGCCUAAGGCUUAAAGUCUUAAGACCUGGAUGGGGGUCAGGUUUUGCCAUCUGCCUCAGAAAAAAUCUCUUCAGUUCUUGGAGCCUUGAAUUCCUCAUCUGUUAAACAGGAGGAAGAAUAUCUACCUCACAAAGUUCUUAUGAGAUAAUGAAUAUAAAAAUGCUUCAUCCAUGUUGUUGAAGAAUCACCCCAGCUUAUAUAAUAAUUACAAAGGACAUAUAUACUUUAACAAUGGAGAAUGCUGUCAUUUACCUCUUCACCAAGUAACAAAAUGGCACGUUGCUUAGAUUGAGACAGCCCACAUAACGUGCCAUCUUCUGUGAUGUAAUAAGCUGAAAAAUGCUCAACCUGAAUUUAAUCAAGCUUCUUGGACCUCAUUGCCAGGUUACAGGAAAUACAGGAGGCAGAGGAACAAAUAAAAGACACCACGAGAAACAGACACAUCCAGAACAUGGAAUAUUGUAUAAGAAAGCUGCCCUGGAUUCUUCUUCAAAAUAUUAUUAUGAUGAAAAAGAGAGGGGAGUGAAAAUUGUUCAAGCUGGCUUGAGUCUGCUGUGAGUUUAUUAUACCAUUCUCUGCUUUUGUGUAUGUAUGAAAAUUUCGAUAUGAAAGGUCUAAAACAUGGAUGAGGAGGCUUGUUUUUAAAAGAUAAUACUAAGCCGUUAGAUACUAAGAACUAGAAAUAGACUCACAUAAAUGGCCAAUUGAUUUUUGACAGGAGCAAAAGCAAUUCAAUGGAGGAGGGAUAGCAUUUUCAGCAAAUACUGUUGGAGCAAUUGGAUAUCCAUAGGCAGUAAACCAACAACUUCAGGACCUAGGACUGAGCUAAGAAGGCUCAGAUGACUCAAAAGCAUGCUCCUUAGAAGGAAAAAAAAUUUUAAAUUGGACUUCAUCAAAAUUAAGAUAAUUUACCCUGUAAGAGACCUUUUUACAAAGAUGAAAAGAUAUUACAGGUUGGGAAAAAAUAUUUGCAAAUCGUAUCCAACAAAGGAUUUGUAUGUAAACUACAUAAAGAACUUUCAAAAUUUAACAGUAAUAAGUAAAUACAAUUAGAAAAUAAGCAAAAAACAGACAUUUCACUGAAGUAUAGAUAGCAAAUAAGCAAAUGAAAAGAUGUUCAACAUCAUUAGGCAUGAGGGAAAUGCAAAGUGAAAUCGUGAGAUAUCACCUAUCAGAAUAGCUUGACUUUUUUUCUUUUUUUUUUUUAAUGGUGGUAACUGCUGGCAAGGAUGAAGAGAAACAGGAUUUCAUACAUUGCUGGCACUGUAAAAUGGUACAGCCACUCUGGAAUAUAAUUUGGCAGUUUCUUGUAAAACCAAACAUGUAUAUGUCAUGCCUCAGGAAUUGCACUGCUGAGCGUUUAUCCCAGAGAAAUUAAAACGCGUUCACACAAAAACCUGUAUACGAAUGUUCAUAGCAGCUUUAUUUGUAAUGGUCAAAACCUGUAGGCAACCCAUAUAUCCUUCCUUAGGUGGUUAAAACAAAUUGUGGUUUAUGUAUUACCAUGGAAUACUUGUUACUCUGCAAUAAAAUUGGCUGACUUAUUGAUAUCCAUAACAACUCAAAUAAAUUUCAAGGGAAUUAAUGCUGAGUGAAAAUAAUCACAAAAGGCCAUAUUCUGUAUGAAAAUAUUCAUAUAACAUUCUCAAAAUGAUAAAACUAUAGAGAUGAAAAAUGGAUUAAUGGUUGCCAAAGGUUAGGGAUGGUGGGAGGAAAAAUGGGGAGAGGGUUGGAUGUAACUAUAAAGAGGUAGCACCAGAAAGGUCUUUGUGGUGAUGGAACACUUGCGUAUUUUGAUUGUAGUGGUGGUUACACAAAUCUAUAGGUGCUAUACCUAUACACACAUACUGUACCAAUGUUGAUUUCCUUUUUCAUAUUAUGUAAGAUGUAACCAUGAGGGGAAAGUGGGUGAAGGGUGCUGUCUUUGCAACUUCCUGUGAUUCUCUCAUUUCAAAAUAAAAAGUAAAAACCAACAAUGACAACGAAAACCCAUAACUAAAGAGCCAUAACCAACUAAAGUGUGUGAAACUGAUUUGAAAAAAAGUUAUAAAAUACCUGUUUUAGGACAGUUGGGAAAUUUGAAUGUGACUGGUUAUUAGAUGAUAUUGGGGAAUUUUUGUUAAUUUUCUUACCUGUGACGGUGGUGGUAGUUUGAAGAAUAUUCUUAAUCUUAAGGGAUGCAUGUUGAAGUAUUUGGAAUGAAGUGUUCUGAUGUUUACAACUUUCAAAAAAAAAUGAUUUUAAGUAUGUAUUGAGAGAUCAGGCAAACAUAGCAAAAUGUUCAUUGUUGAGUCCAGAUGGAAAAUACGGGUAUUCAAUGUGCCAUACUUUCAACUUUUCUGUACUCUGAUAUUUUCAAAAUAAAACAUUUGAGGGGAAAUUA